AUGGCUAUCAUUCACGAUGAUGAUGAGCUUCUGCUGGCCCGCAUUGGUUAUAAGCAGGAAUUGAGACGUGAGUUCUCAAAGUGGUCCACGAUUAGCUAUGCUAUCUCUAUCCUUGGAAUUCUUGGCUCUGUCCCUGCAACGAUUGGGGCCCCAUUGGCAGCUGGGGGACCAGCCACUGCGGUGUGGUGCUGGUUCUUCGGCUCAUGCAUGGCUAUGUGCAUCGGCAGCUCAGUGGCAGAGCUGGUCUCUGCGUACCCAACCGCUGGAGGAAUGUAUUUCGUCACGAAGCAUGUCGUCCCUGAGGAUCAGGUGCCCGUCUUUUCCUGGGUGCAGGGCUGGUGCAAUCUGCUUGGACAGACCGCUGGUGUAUCCAGUGUGGCUUACACGGUCAGCCAGAUGCUGUUGGCGUGCGCCAGUAUGAACUCGGAGCUAGUUAACGGGAAGUACUCGUAUUCACCGACUGCACUGCAGACGGUGAUACUGUCCAUCGUCGUCCUAUGCGUGCUAGGGGUGAUAUGCUCUUUGACAACCAAGUCUCUACAUCAAAUUGUCUUGUGGUUUGCGCCUAUCAACAUCUUGGCGACGAUCUGCAUCUGCCUUCUGCUGGUCUACUUGACGCCAGACAAGCAGUCCGCUACCUGGGUGUUCACUCACUUCACCGACGGCUCUGGCUGGGGCUCGAAAUUAUUUUCCUUUCUUCUUGGCUUUAUCGCAGUAGCCUGGACAAUGACCGAUUAUGACGGUACAACCCACAUGUCAGAAGAAACUCAUGACGCCGCGUCGCUUGGACCACUAGCCAUCCAAACUGCUGUUCUGGUAUCGGGUGUGAUGGGUUGGGUCCUAACGAUCUGCUUGUGUUUCUGUCUUACAGAUCUUGAGGGGAUCCUACAAAGUCCCACUGGCCUCCCGGCUGCCCAGAUCUUCUUCAACGCAGGAGGCAAGACAGGCGGUACAAUCAUGUGGGGGCUCGCAAUUCUCGUCCAAUUCUUCACAGGUUGCUCGGCCAUGCUUGCAGAUACACGAAUGGCAUACGCCUUCGCCCGGGACGACGCACUACCAUUCUCCUCUUAUCUCUCCAGAGUCAAUAAACGCACCCAAACCCCUGUUAAUGCCGUCUGGUUCGUGGUUGUCUUCAGCAUCGGCCUCAACUGCAUCGCCAUCGGGUCCACACAAACCGCCACGGCCAUCUUCAGCAUCACCGCCCCGGCCCUCGAUCUCUCGUAUGUAUCCGUCAUCCUCGCGCACCGACUAUACAAGGACAAGGUCAAGUUUGUCGAAGGUCCCUUCACGCUGGGUAAAUGGGGAGCGCUGCUCAACUGGGUUUCCGUUACGUGGGUCUUGUUCAUCAGCGCGGUGCUUUUCUUCCCGCCUUCCUUGCCUGUUACGGCAGCAAAUAUGAACUAUGCCAUCUGCGUUGGUGCUUUCAUUGCCGUGUUUGCGCUGGUGUGGUGGGGUGUGGAUGCUCGCGGGAAAUACACUGGCCCUCGUACCGAGGAUUAUAUACAGGAAGUUCCGACAGAGGGCUUGGACGAUGAUUAUGGGACAAUGAGUUAG